AUGUUGGUCUGUAACUCUAGGAACAAUAAUUUCCAUCAUCUAUGUUCUCCCACAAUUAUAAUCCUAAUUUCACUUUUCCAAAUACUUCCCUCUUUGGCAGAUCUAACCUUUAAUCUCACUAGUUUCAACCCAAAUAAUCAUGACUUAAAUUACUAUGGAGAUGCUACACCUUCUAGUCCUGACAUUCAGCUAACAAGAAAUCAGAGGGACAAGGAAAUGCAUUAUAGUACUGGUAGGAUCACUUAUCCGAAAUUGUUGCAACUUUGGGACAAGGAUUCAGGAGAGGUAGCUGACUUCACUACCCGAUUUUCUUUCACCGUGGACUCCUGGAAUCAGUCUCACUAUGGUGACGGAAUAGCAUUCUUUCUUGCACCGGAAGGGUUUCAAACUCCUCAGAAACAAGAAGGUGGCGGCAUCGGCCUUGUAAGUGGGGACCAGGUACUCAACUCGACGUCGAAUCCAUUCAUAGCAGUGGAGUUUGAUACGUAUAAAAAUGAUUGGGACCCGGUUGGUGAUCAUGUAGGCAUCAACAUCAAUUCCAUGGUAUCAGUUACAAACGUGUCAUGGUUGAAUGAUGUUUCUUCUGGGAAAAUGAAUGGAGCAAGGGUAAGUUACAACUCUAGUGCAAAAAGACUAAGUGUUGCCUUUACUGGUUUUGAUCAGGGUGGAUUUGUUUUCAAUCAAAGACUUAGCACAGAAGUUGAUUUGAGAAAUUAUCUACCAGAACGUGUUUGUAUUGGUUUCUCAGCCUCAACUGGUGAUUUUUUUGAGAUUCACACUCUUCAUUCUUGGGAUUUUGAAUCAAGGUUAUCAAAUGAGGAAAAGAUCAUUGGUUCACAGAUCAAUGCAAAUGGUCCUACGCCUGGUCCAUCAGUCAGAGAAACUAUUACUGCACCUGGUCAUGCAGUACGACAGAAGGUUGUGCUGGGUGUUUGUCUGGGUCUAGGUCUCACAGUAUGUGCUGUAAUUAGUUGGUUUUUCAUGUUAGGUUCCUUGAAGAAAAGAAAGGCUGCAUUUAGAAAGAAAGAUGAAGACGAGCUUGGUUCUACACAGGAAUUUGAGAUUGAGACUGGACCAAAAAAGUUCUCAUACAAAGUACUGGCCCUGGCAACAAAGAACUUUUCAGAGGGAGAGAAGAUAGGACAAGGGGGGUUUGGUGGGGUUUAUAAAGGUUUCUUGAGAAGAACGAAUUCCUAUGUGGCUGUCAAGAAGAUAUCUAGUGGAUCCAAACAAGGAAUAAGGGAGUAUGCAGCUGAAGUGAAGACCAUUAGCCGACUGAGACACAGGAACUUGGUGCAGCUCAUCGGUUGGUGCCAUGAAGGUAAAGAACUCCUACUUGUUUAUGAGUUCAUGUUGAAUGGUAGCUUGGAUUCUCAUCUCUUCAAGGGAAGUUGCUUCUUAACUUGGGCAAUGAGGUAUAAUGUUGCUCGAGGUUUGGCCUCAGCAUUACUAUAUCUCCACGAGGAAUGGGAACAAUGCGUUUUGCAUAGAGAUAUCAAAUCAAGCAAUGUUAUGCUUGACUCCAAUUUCAAUGCUAAGCUUGGGGAUUUUGGUUUAGCUAGGCUUGUUGACCACGGAAAAGGAUCGCAGACCACAAUAUUGGCAGGUACAAUGGGCUACGUGGCUCCUGAAUGUGUCCUGACAGGCAAGGCUGGAAAGGUUUCAGAUGUUUAUAGUUUUGGGGUUGUGGCUCUUGAGAUAGUGACUGGUAAGAAACCCAUUGGCCCCACGGCUGAAGAUGGUCAUAUCAGAUUGGUUGACCAUGUUUGGGACCUCUAUGGAAAAGGAAAGCUUAGUCAAGCAGCUGAUUCGAAACUUGGUGCAGAUUUUGAUGAGGCAGAGAUGGAACGUUUGAUCACUGUUGGACUUUGGUGUGCUCACCCUGAUCCCAACAUACGGCCUACUAUAAAGCAAGCAAUUCAAGUUCUUAACUUUGAAGCACCAGUUCCCAACCUCCCAAAAACAGUACCAGUUGCAACUUUUGCAGCGACACCCAUCACAAUGUCAGCAUUUUGGUCUUCGCCAUCCUUUGAACUCACAGGUUUUGGGAGAGACUAUACCAUGUGUUCAGGUUCGAGUAACGACGCCACCUUAUCCAAGCUCACCACUUCAUCUUCAGCUUCCUCAUCAGCAUCCAUUGUCUGCAAUACACUAUAGUAAUUCAGUUUCUAUACGCUUUUGCA